GCUGGUGGGAGCAUGCCGCACGUGACAUAAGUGUGGAGAAAUACCUCAUCGCAAGAAGUAAAAGGCGGGGAAAUCCCUGCCGAUUUUGCUGACGGCCCAUUCCACUUGUCAACUUGACACUAGUGUAAGCUGUUAGAUGAUCAAACCGACAGUGUGAGCGCCUUGAGCUUCAUUGUGCUGCUUACCCCAUUCGCCAAGCGCGGAAUCGUUGGCAGCACAGUACCGAGGGGGAGAGCCUUACCAGGCCCAGAAACCAGCUGGCUCUACCUACUCUCCCUUUGAAACACACCGCCAACAUGGAUCCUCUCAGUAUCGCGGCGUCAGUCGUGGGUAUCUCACAGGCUGCCAUUAUCGCUACUAGGGAGCUUAUCGCGUAUGCAAAGGACGCUAAGAACUCGUCCCGCGAUAAGAAGCUGCUAGCUGAGGAAGCAUUGCUCCUAUCCAAUCUCCUAGAACGACUACGACAACAGACGCUCGAGAAGGAGGAUAAGACUUGGCUGAGUCAGCAUUCGGAUAUGGUGCAGCAAUUCGAAGCGGCCUUUAUUGACUUUGCAAGAGUCCUCAAGGUGGACAUGCGGACGGGGAAAAUCCCAGACGAGUCACGCUUCAAGUCGUUGAUCUCAUCAGCAGGAUGGCACUUUUCCAAGUCCGAGGUAUAUGGCCUACUACAACGAGUCGAGCGCUUGCGACACCAUGCGAGCGCUCUCAUGUCAGACGCCCAACUAUCCAUGCUCUCGCACAUAGACCGCCAACAGAAGGAAGCCGUAGAUCGCAAGACAAUGGAUGAUAUUCUCCACUGGCUCUCCCCCCUAGAUAUGGCACGAAUACACCAGAGCAUCUCCGAUAGAGUUCAGCCUGGAUCGGGGGAAUGGUUCCUCUCCACGCCACAAUACCUCGGUUGGUUAACCGAAGCCGGAGAUGUGGAUUCUCUCUGGUGUUGGGGCAUUCCAGGUGCCGGGAAAACCGUUCUUGCAUCUAUUGUCAUAAAUCACCUCCGCCAAUCAAGAGGUGAGAAUCUGCGGACCGACAUUGGUGUUGCAGUUGUCUACCUGAAAUACAAUGAACCCGACCAGACGGUAGACACGCUGCUGGGGAGCAUUCUCAAGCAGCUCGUCCAAGACUCCAACGUGCUCGAUCAGACCAUCCGAGACCUUUACGAGCACCAGGGUCAGCGAAAUGCGGCACCUUCUCUCCAUUCCAUCACUUUGCUUCUCCAGAAGAAGGCUGAGACAUAUAAACAGACCUUCUUAGUGAUAGAUGGACUGGACGAGUGUGAGGAAGAGACACGAUGGGAUCUCCUUGAGCAAGUCAACAAUAUCCCUGGAAUUUCCCUCAUGGUUACCUCGCGUCAUCUCAGUUCGAUUGAAGAAGAGGUCGAGAAUUUCGUCCGCAUUGAGAUAAAGGCCAGCAAGGUGGACAUCGAACUCUUUAUCGAGUAUCAGGUCCAGCGAAACCGAAACCUCCGGCGGAUGAUACUGCGAAACCCGCAAUUGAAAGAAGAUAUCAAAUUGGCAGUAGUCAAGACCGCCCAGAGCAUGUUUUUGCUAGCUCGUCUCCAUGUAGAGUCUCUCGCUAGUGCCGCAUCUCUCACCAUCAAACAUGUUCGGCAGAAGCUGCGGGAGCUUCCCACAACCCUCGACACUUCCUACGACAACGCGAUGCAGCGCAUCAAUAACCAGGAAGAGGAUCACCGGAAACUCGCCUUCAAGACGUUGGCUUGGGUCACACACAGUUUCCGCUCACUCUCCUUACGAGAACUGCAACAUGCGCUAGCCGUGGAGCCUGGGGACUCUAACUUGGACGAGGAGUUGCUCAUGGAUGCGCAGGGCAUCACCGCCCUCUGUGCUGGACUCAUAGUCAUUGACAAAGCGACCGGCAAUGUCAUUCUCGUUCACUAUAGCGCCAAAAGCUACUUUGAGAACACGCGCCAAAAGUACUUCCCCCUGUAUCACGCCAGCAUGACCCUCAGCCUAGCGACAUAUCUGACUCUGGACGCGCUGCAAAUCAUCACAAUAGGCGAGAUGGCUCAGCGUUAUCCCCUCGCCACCUACGCUGCCCAGUACCUCGGCGAUCAUGCUCGCCACGCGCCAGAGGAGUCCUUAGAAACUACAGUUCUAGAGACCAUCUGUCGCCUUUUGACCGAUGCCGACAAGCGCAAACCCUUGCUCACACUGCUGGAUGGCUUAGACCUUAUCCGUUCCGGAUACUACUCGACUCUAUCAGCAGACAUGGUCGAGGACACCACUGUUGUUGGAUCAGAAGCCAUCUGUUCAGAGCUUGAGAGCGUGAGCAUCAAUGCGGGCAGUUCGGUCUCUGGGACUACGGAUUAUACCGUGGUAGAUCCAGCUAUGGAAACGUGGGAAGCCAAGAUGAAAAGUAGCCGCAUACCCGAGGUCACUGCACUCCAUCUUGCCGCCUCCAUGGGUCUGGCAAAAGUGGCCUCUAUGCUGCUUAAGGAGGCUCCAAAUAUUGACGCCGUCGACGAGACCGGGAAGACGGCUCUUGCAGUGGCGAUGGAGCGUGGAUUCGAGAAGGCAGUCGAGUUUCUGAUUGACGGCGGCGCUUUCAUCAACCUUGUUGACGACCAUGGUCGCAGGACCCUCCUCUACAUGGCUGAAAAGGACUGGAACGAUGCCGGGAAUAGUCUCGUCUCCAAGGUUCAAGCCCAGCUCGACGAUGGAGACUCAGCUGACGACCCAGAGCUUCGGUUCAUGAUAGCCGUGUAUCUUGGCAACGCAGACGAAGCCGUCAAGCUCUCUGAAACAGGUCAUGUUGACUUGAAUGGGAGUGGUGCUGCCAUAGGAAGUCUAUCGCUUUUCCUGGCAGUUGAGCACCGAGACGGUGCCAUGGUGGACACUCUCCUGCAUGCCGGCAUCGAUGUCAAUGCCAAGGACAGUAAGGGCCAAACGGCGCUGUUCAGGGCAACUCGUCGCCAAGAUGCCGUGAUGAUGAAGAUCUUCAUUUCCGCCGAUGGGAUUGAAAUCGAUAGCCGAGACGACGAAGGCCUCACAGCUUGGAGCGCUAACGUCAAAUCACGCAACAAGGAAAUUCUAGAUAUUUUGCUUCGAGCAGGAGCAGACCCGUCGACGCGUGGCCUUCAAGGUGUCAGUCCGUUGUAUGAAGCCGCGACGAAUGGGGAGACGGAGCUAGUGCGCUUCUUGCUCGAGAGCGGAACCAACCCAUCCAUCCAGACCGAAUAUGAGUGGGCACCCCUACAUUGGGCUGCUGCGAAUGGCCAUGAAGAAUGUGUGCAGCUGCUCCUCGACGCCGGCGCCGAUCUCCAUGUCAGGUCAGACCAAGGCGUCACCCCACUCGACCUUGCGACACAGGCGAGGCAGACGGUCGUCGUAGAGAAGCUGAAGAAUGCUGGAGCGACGACUGCGGCUGCGACCCAGAAAGGAGGACCUGACCUAGAUAGAACAGCUCGGGUCCGUAUCGAACCGCCACUCUCAACACCACUUGGUAGCAUCGCCGCGCCUUCUUCUUCACCGUUGGACUACAAACUCUUCUUGGUAUAUGACAAUCCCCUCUCGCGCACCCUCAUCAGGAGGACAAACGUUGGCCAGUUCCUCUAUCCCAGAGUGCAGCAGGGCUCUCCUGAGCCCGCCGGCUACAUUUACCAAGUCUCUCACGUGAUGGAGACCAGCUCGUCCACCAUCAGCGUCCGUCGAUCUGUCCGUCGUGCCGAGAUGAACGAAUAUCCGCUGCAGCUCGAUGAUUUUAAUUUCAAAGAUGCAUUGUACCACAUCACCUGUCUACGCGCCGACUAUCAAGACUUUGAGCUCUGCCCUGGCGUUCAAGCCGCCGCUUCCUACGACACAGAUAAUACUAUAUCUAACAAGUCUAAUACUAGUAAUGAAUUCUUAUCGGCGUCGUCAUACCGCAUGCACAAGGACUGGACGGGAAACUGGAAAGUGCGCUUGAAUUUCCCGGCAACGCCCAUCUCGUCAAACGAGCUGCUCUUCCGGACGACGGCAGACUGGGCGGCAGCGGCACAAAGCGACGUUGACAGCCAGCCCGACUGUCAUUGGAUGACUGAGGCGGGUCGUUUGUUGGCGAGGUCCGGGUGGGACGACGGCACGCUCAAUAUGUGCAUCGAACCAGCGUUGAAACGUGGCGUUUUAGACCUGCUUGUUACGAAUAGCUGGUAUAAUAAUACAGUCUACCACAUCACGGGCAACUUCUCGACCCCCACGUCCCGGUGCAACUCGGUGAACUGGACUUUGUCGAUCGGCGUAGCUAGCUGGAGGUCUGGCAUCUUCUUGAAGAGCGCGGUAAAGGCGGCCAUCGCCGAGGCGAGGGGAGAUGAGAAGUACCAGCAUCAUCAUGUUCACCGUGGUAGUAUUGCCGGCGACAAGCAGCAAAAAGGCGAUUUGCACGGCGUCAGCCGUUUCGAGGUGGCCCUGCUUCACCUAGUUAACGACGAGGGAGGAGAUGAGGUCAUCCUUGGGCGCCGUCAUACGAUUAGCGACAAGGUCGGCCAUGUAGUCGAAGAGACUAGACACCUAAAACUACCGGGGGGGGAUGGAAGGGGGCAAACCCACUGGUUGGCCGCCGAGGCUUCCCGCGCGUUGGAGCUGCCGCUGGACGGCACAGCCGCCUGUUCGAAAUCGAAAGACUUCGUCAUGGCCAGCCUGUUCCGAGACAACAAGACCCUAGAAUACGACAUCCUAGCCAUCCAAAAACCCUGGUGA